AUGAGCUCGACCUCCUACUCCCCUCUCGACAGCCACGCAGAGAGCUCGAGCCAUGCGACAAAGCCCUCAUCUGGUCUCACCUUCGUCCUCCCUCCCCUCAGUGCCCUCAAGGCCCAGAAGACCAAGAAAAAGAUAAAGCUCACCUACGAAGAGCCUCCCAAGAGGCAGCCCCGUCCGGUCAAGCUCAAGCCACUCAAGGAGGUCCUCACCAGGCUCAUAACACAGAUCAAGAGAAAAGAUGACUAUGCCUUUUUUCUCAAGCCGGUGGAUCUGGUCGCCGUCCCACAUUACACCGAUAUUAUCGCACGGCCCAUGGAUCUUGGGACGAUGACCACCAAGGUGGAAAGGGGUAAAUACAGGUCUUUGGAGGAAUUUGCGUCGGACCUAAGACUUGUCACUACGAACGCGAAGACAUUCAACGCCCCGGGCUCCAUCUUCUACACCGAAGCCGAGCGCAUAGAGAAGUACGCUCUAGACCAUAUCUCCAAAGCCGCCUCCACGGUCAUAGAAUACGAGACCGACUGGAACAUAGACGUCGAGAGGGACGACGAUGCUACACCCGUGGAUGUCGACGACGUGGCAGACGGCGCGAUGAUACCUAAGACGCCUAUGAACGUAGACGAAAGCCGCGCAGAGUCGCCCUCGGUCACGGCUGCCCAGGUCAACGGGAAGAAGGGCAAAGGGAAGAAGGUCCCGACUCUAACGGAGACACUGGAGCCCGACGGAGGAUUACCAGGCGCGAAGGAUGGGUUAGGCUCGUUCCCACCGGGGUCGGACUGGGCGGAGCUGAUGCUUGCGCUAAAGCUGAAAGGCAAACGUUACCGGACCAAGAAGGAGCGCAUGCGCAUGGAGAAGGGCGGUCCACCAAUAGCGGCAGAUGGCAGUUUAGACUAUCCAGAAAUGGAAGACCCGUUUUCCAUCUUGUCCGCUGUCGUCCCUGAUCCCAUGUCCCGCCCAUACCUCCCAGCACUCUACCCCUCUAACGACCCCUCAAACUCUUCUCAACCGCCAUUCCCUACUCCCGUCCACAUCAUCCCGUCUUCCGAACCCCCUCCAGUUGUUAUACCCUCGACCUCUUCAUCGUCGCAGUUAAGAUCCAAGAGCGUCAAACCCGUCAAGCGACGACACUGGGUCAUCAACCGCAAUGCCCCGCGUCGCGUUAAGGAAGUACCGGAGGAGGAGUCGACGCCCGCAUGGAAGGAACCAAGAGAACCCGUCGCGACAGACUUCGGCUCUUUCAGCGUCCUUCCAAGUCUCCUUGCGGAAGAACGCAAAAUCAAUGACAUCGGCGCUGCUCUGGGCUCCCAGAACAAGUUCUUCGGUGCGCUACGGGACAGCUUGCAGCCAUCCAUCAGCACAACAAGCUCAGACGCGGAUGCACUCGACGAUGUGGAAAUGGAAGAUGGGGACGAAGCCGCGUACUGGAAGGGCAAGGGCAAGGAGGCCGAAGCAUACAUUUGUGAUGUCGUGUAUGGCGGUGUGGAUGGGUACGCAUACGUGAGGAGCUUGGCAGAGUUCCUUACGCCAUCAGAACCUAUAAAUCGCAACGGAGAGCCACCAACAUACGAUGACCUCGGGAUGCCGGUUGCGCGGUGGGUCGAAGAGAACGUCGUCAACCCCCUCACGGCCGGUCGACAUCGCAUCCUCCACGACGCUGCCAAGAUGCUCAACAACCUCCCACUCACCCCACCGCUCUCUCCCCGGUCUACACCCCCACCGUCGACAUCCGCCCCGCCAACAUCCCCCGACCCCACAACCACCCACAUCAAAGCGGAGCCCUCUUUACUCACCUCCGUUCCCGCCGCCCCUCCUUUCGACGUGGCUCGCCAAAUCGACCUCUCCCUGCACACCCACCCUGCCACCGCCCGCGCGCUCGCGCACUUCCGCGCGGUGCUCGCCGGCAAGAUCGACCUCCCCUCGCUCAUCCGCGCCCCGGACGAGCUCUUCUGCGCCGAGGACGUCUGGGCCGGGCGCGCGUACCGCGAGAAGCGCAGGAAGGAGAUGGACGACGCCUUCGCCCGCGACCCGGGCCAGAACGCGGCCGCGUACCUCCAGUGGGCGAUCGCGGAGCACCGCGAGGCGGAAGCCAGCGCCGGCGGCGCGGAGGCCCCGGCGGGCGCGCGCGGCGCGGCGGGUGCGGGCGCGGACGAGGCGGGCAUGCUCGCGUACGCGCUCGAGGUCGCGACGCAGGAGAUCGAGCGGCUCGUGCGCGAGGGGCACGUCCGCCCGGCUGCGGACGGACCUGCGCAGACGGAACCGCCGAGCGGAGACGCGGCGGCGUCGACGGCUCCUGCCUCGGACGGGCAGCAGGUCGGCGCGGACGCGGAUGGCGAUGUGGUGAUGAAGACUGGGGCGGAGGAGGCUGCGACUGCGGACGGGAUAAAGGCGCAAGCCCCGGCGGCGGCGGUGGAGGACGCGGUGCUGAAGCAGCUGAGGCUCAACCUUCUCGCGCUCGCGAAGCGCGCGCCGCUGGACCAGAUCAUGAAGCUCCCUCCCGAGCUCGUCCCCGCGCACCUCCGGCACAUCGUCCCCACCGCGGAUGCGUGA